CCGGGUUUGUCAGACGUUAGAGGCGCCCGCGAGAGUCUAAAACGAAUGUGGGUUCAAGGAGCUAAACGCUAAAAACGAAAAAUUAAAAUGGUUUCUCGCCACUUUGUCACGAUCUUUCUAUAAUCUUAGGAACUAUGAGUUUGCAUUACACUAAACCAGCAAAGAAAACUUGUAUCUUCUUUUUUUCUACAGCAAACGGGUUAGGUGCAGAAGGACGCUAGCAUUUCUGUUACUGAGUGCUAAUUGGUUGGUGAGCUGACGCUGGAGUAGCAUACAUGCCAGCGUACUACUGCCCAAAACCCGUUUGCUGUAGAAAAGUAACAUGUAAGUCUUCUUUGCUAUAUUUGGUAUAACGCCAAGUAGUGAGAACCUAUUGUAAUAUUUCGGUUUUAGCCGUUUAGCUCACCCUAUCUCGCUGGCGCCCUCUGGCGUUGCGUCACUUUUUGAUGUACCGGGAGGAAGUGGACAAGUUCCUCGUAAAUCAGCUGUGGUAGCACCCAAAAGAAAUGGCGGGGAUCACGGAAGUCACUUGAUGUCUGUAUCAGCAAGAUAGCAUUUCCGUCUUUUCGCCCAACGCUGCCUACAGAGAAAUGACGGCAACUCUGCGUCCAUACCUGAAUGCAGUACGUGCUACACUGCAGGCUGCUCUCUGUCUGGAGAACUUCUCCUCACAAGUGGUAGAGCGCCACAACAAACCUGAGGUAGAAGUCCGGAGCAGUAAAGAACUGUUGCUCCAGCCUGUUGUGAUUAGUAGGAAUGAUAAAGAGAAGGUCCUCAUAGAAGGUUCUAUCAACUCAGUGCGUGUCAGCAUUGCAGUGAAACAGGCCGAUGAGAUUGAGAAGAUUUUGUGCCAUAAGUUCAUGCGCUUCAUGAUGAUGAGAGCAGAGAACUUUUUUAUUCUGCGAAGAAAACCUGUGGAGGCAUCAUCCAACCAACCUGAACAACUUGGAGAAAACACUCCUAAACAAUUUGCAGAGAUGGUAGAAACUUACCCCAAGACUUGGAGCUGUUAUUUCAAAAAAGAAUAUUUCAGCACUGAGAAAAUUCCAGAUCCCAUGAGAAGAGGAAUCGCUUGCCCCAGAUAUAGAGCUGGUUGCAGUCAGCUGUCAAGCUUCCCAUACGCUAGCGUCCGGUAGUCUCGUGCUCCUUCCUUUGGUUUUUCGUUUCGCUCUUGGUUUCGUUUGAUCAGCCCCUUUGGUGUUUUCAUUGUCAUUUGUUUUCAUUAGUCUUGCUAUUUAACGUUACACACUGUUUCCUUAGUUAAUUUGCUGUUUGAUGUUCUAAGCUUCUGUCUGUAUUCUGUUCAUUGCUUGCCAGUCGUUUCCGUUGUUUCUUUAUUGUUUAUCAGCUCCGUUGCUGUUUUCCAUUUAUUUCCCGUGUUCUCUGUAUCGUUAUUUGCCCUGUUUUUUGUAUUUGUGUUUUAUUUAUUCCGGAUCUACCCGUCUGGGUGUUUCGAUUAUGGACUAUGAUUGCGACUCUGUUUGUGGUUUUGCCCUUUAUACAUUUCGUUCUAUUCCGCGUUUUCGUCCAAAUACUUAUCGCUCUGCCCUACAGCCGUCUUGGAUGACACUAAGACAUUAUUCUGACUGAAUGUAACUCUUUUGAGCUCAUGUUGGACAUUAUCUAAGUUGAUUACAUUUAUGACAUGAUAAUGUGUUCCUGGGGAAUUGUUGAUUUUUGUAAUACCUUUGAUUUAUUCCACAUCUUAAUUCUGUAAUAGGGCAUCAGUAGUUGUAAAUAUACUUUUACAUAAUUUCCAUAGAGGUAUAAUCAUUUUGCUUAAGUUAAUAUUGAGAGAUCUAUCAAUAAGAGAUUUUUAAGCAUAUAUCUUGAUAGCUAUAAUUAAAAUAGAUGCUCUGAGAAAAAAAAUUCUGAUUGUCCUGGGCUCUUAAAGCAGCACUGAAAAAUUGGUGUGGUAUCUGCAGACUUGCUAAAGUACCCAUACUGACCUUGUCCACUGCUGAAAGUGCCCACAAUGGAUAUGUGAACAUCAGAACUGGACUAUGGAGCAACAGAAGAAAGUAGUCUAGUCUGGUGAAUCACAUUUUCUUUUACAUAAUGUGAAAGGCCAGGGCACAUGUGCAUCAUUUACCUGGGGAAGAGAUGGUACCAGGAUGCACUAUGAGAAGAAGACAUGGCAAUGAACGCAGUGUGAUGCUCUGGACAAUUUUAGAUGGGAAACCUUGAGACCUGGCAUUCAUGUGGAUGUUAUUUUGGUAUCUACUGCCUACCUAAACAUUGUUGCAGGUCAAGUACACCCCAUCAUGAUAACAGUACUCCCUAAUGCCAAUGGCUUCUUUCAGCAAGAUAAUAUGCCCUGCCACAUUGUAAAAGUUGUUCAGAAAUGUUUUGAGUAACAUGACAAAGAGUUGAAGGUGGUAACUUGGCCUCAAAAUUUUCCAGACCUCAUUUAGAGCAAGUCCAUGGGAUUUGCUGGAAAAGCAAAGAUAAUCCAUGGAGGCCCCACCUCACAAUUUACAGGAUUUAAAAGAUCUGCUGCUAACGACUUGGUGCCAGAUGUAACAAGACACCUUCAAAGGUUUUAUAGAGUCCAUGACUUGAUAGAUCAGAACUGUGUUGGUAGCACAAGGGGGAGGUACACAAUAUUAGGCAGGUGAUUUUAAUGUUGUGGCUGAUCAAUGUAUGUCUGCAUGUGUACAGCUGGAUGUCUAAAUGCCAUAGUGACACUGUACUCAGUCAUAAUUGUAAAUUGCUUUGGAUAAAAGCAUCAGUUAAAUGCCAUAAAUGUAAAAUAUUAAUUUAAAAUUUACAUGCCAGUCUGACUGUAUGUAUGCAUAAACAAUUUAGAAAUGGA